AUGGUGAAUCUAGAUAAAUCAAAAGCAUCAUUUAGUCGAAAUGUGAGAGAUGAAGAAAAAGAGAUGAUAUGUAACUGGAUGGAUGUAAAGAUUGUGAUAAAUCAUGCAAAGUAUCUAGGUUUACAUGUUGUGUUCGGAAGAUCGAAGAAUGAGAUUUUUGCUAUGGUGGUUGUGAGAGUUUGGAAGAAACUUAAGGGCUGGAAUGAGAGAGUUCUUUCUAGGGAUGGUAAAGAGGUUCUAAUCAAGACGGUGGUACAGACUAUUCUAAGUUAUAUCAUGAGUUACUACAAAAUCCUGUACUCAUGUUGCAAGGAGAUCGAGUCAAUGUUGGCAAAAUUUUGGUAUGGGUCCAAGGAUGGUGAGAGGAAAGUUCAUUGA